UGGCCCCAGGGGCUUGACAGUUAAUGAUUUGCCGCAGAAGGAGCCGGCGGAGGAGCGAGCGGGACGUAGGCGAGCGGGCUCAGGGCCGGGCCGAGCCCCCGCCGGCCGCACAAGCGCCGCCUCCCGUCUUCCGAGCCCGGCACUUCGCGGCAUUCCGGGCGCCGGACCGUAGGGGCCCCCAUGGAGGCAGCGGCGCCGGCGGGGGCCGUGACCAGCCUGCUGCGCAGGGCCACAGGCAAACUCUGCACCUGGAAUAUUUUGAAAACCAUUGCCCUGGGUCAGAUGUUGUCCUUGUGUAUAUGUGGGACAGCCAUCACCAGCCAGUAUUUGGCAGAAAGAUACAAAGUGAACACCCCCAUGCUUCAGAGCUUUAUCAACUAUUGCUUGCUAUUUCUAAUUUAUACAAUGAUGCUGGCGUUUCAGUCAGGUAGUGAUAAUCUUUUCUACAUCUUGAAAAGAAAAUGGUGGAAGUAUAUCCUGCUUGGAUUAGCAGAUGUGGAAGCUAAUUACCUGAUUGUGAGAGCAUACCAGUACACAACUCUAACCAGUGUCCAGCUUUUGGACUGCUUUGGGAUUCCUGUGUUGAUGGCUCUCUCGUGGUUUAUUCUUUACUCAAGAUACAGAGUGAUCCACUUCGUCGCUGUGGCUGUCUGUCUGUUGGGCGUAGGAACUAUGGUUGGUGCAGACAUAUUAGCAGGGAGGGAAGACAGUUCAGGUGGUGAUGUUCUGACUGGCGAUGUCUUGGUCCUUCUCGGGGCUUCCCUCUAUGCUGUCUCCAAUGUGUGUGAAGAAUACAUCGUGAAGAAGCUGAGCAGACAGGAGUUUUUAGGAAUGGUGGGCUUAUUUGGAACAAUUGUCAGUGGCAUACAGCUAUUGAUUGUGGAAUAUAAGGAUAUUGCCAGCAUUCACUGGGAUUGGAAAAUUGCUCUCCUGUUUGUGGCGUUUGCCCUUUGUAUGUUUUGUCUGUACAGCUUCAUGCCACUGGUGAUUAAAGUCACUAGCGCCACUUCUGUCAACCUGGGCAUCCUGACAGCUGACCUCUAUAGUCUUUUCUUUGGACUCUUUCUGUUUGGCUAUAAGUUUUCGUGGCUCUACAUCAUGUCCUUUGCCGUCAUCAUGGUGGGGUUUGUGCUGUACUGCUCCAUGCCAACACGCACGGCGGAGCCCCCCGAAAGCAGCGUGCCGCCGGCCACCAGCCAUGGGAUCGACAACCCGGGACUGAAGCUAGAGGAGAACGCCCAGGAAACCCAUUCUGUGUCCUUGUAGCUGGAGAAGGAGGCUCACAUGGACACCUGGGGGGCCAGGAGAGGGCCCCAGGGUAAAGCCGAGCCUGCUGGCUGCCGAGGGGACACUGGGAAAGCUGGCCGACUGAGAACGAACACUCCAUGGCAUUGCACUGGCUCCAGUGGUUAGAUUUUACAAAGGAAUCCAAAAUAAUGUUUCAAAAGUAGAAAUACCAAGAUAUAGAAAAAGCUGAGGCUAGGACUGUGUGUAUUUGAGGAUCAAUACCUGUUAGUGUCUGGGAGACAUGGUGUGGGCCCCACACUGGGGCCUCAGAGGCACAAGUGGGGGAGGCGGGGCAGCUGCCUAGGGGUGCGCCAGCCUCUGAGAGCAGGCUGUUCAGGCUGGUGGCCAGAAGUCAGGGCAUUCCAGGCUGAUUUGGGAGUGGGCGUCCUCAGUUGGAGGCUUCUGGGUUUUGUCCUGCUGCAGCAGGCAUUGUCAACAAGCCUCGUGGCCUACAGGUCACAGAUGAGGUCUGAUGACUGAUUCAUCUGGUGGGAAAAUGGGUGGGAGAGCACUUAAGUAAUCCCGAGUUACCCGUGUGAGUCCCUCAGGAGUCCUGUGCAGUGCAGUAAACCUGGGAGCCCUCUCAGUGUCAAAGGAGGGUACAAUGCUCCUUUGAUCAAAUAUUUGUUAUGUGUCAUGAGAUUUUUAUGAUACUUCUUUAGUACAAGGUGUUAAUAUGUAGCAUCAUUAUGAAUCCAACUAACAGCAUGCCACUUUACAAAAACUCUGUAAACUUUUUUUUGUAAGUAUAUGAUAAAGAAUUUGAGGGUAAGUGUUCAUAUCAUUAAAAGGUUUUGAUUUCA